GGCGUUCGGCUUCUGGCGUGCUCUUCGCGAGACGGAUUGCUUUACUCGUUCUUCUCCAAUGGAGUCUGCGGAAUAGAGUAACGAGAUUGACUAUAAGCAGCAACGGAACUUGCCACGUCAUCAUCGUCUUCGUGGGAAACGGUCACGGCAUUUUCAGACAAAAUAUCUUUGCGGAAUAUCUGGAAAAAGAAAAAUGUAAAAAUCCGUAGAUAUAGUGGGCCCCUCCUCCGCCCCGACCCACUGCUUUUUGCAAUAUCAGGCAAGUUUUGUCGAAACAGGAACAUGCGAGCUUCGAUGCAAUGAUGGCUUGCAACGCUCUCUCGUCGCUCAACUUCGUCGCUCCCGUCGUUCCCUCCUCCUCAACGAUCUCAGUGCCGACCAAGCACUUCCUCUUCUCCGAUGCUCUCCACUCCGCCACCAGAUCGAAGCUCGCGCUUCCGCCACCGCCGCCGCGAGUCGCCUCCAUCCCUCUCCCUCCGAUGAGCGCCGACUACCUGGCGGGCGAGUUCAGCGGGCGGGGGGUGGCGUUCGAGGCCAUCGGGGACGACUGCGUCGCCAAGCUGAGCCUCGACGGCGGGAGCUCGGCGGUCCUGAUGCUCCCUUCCGGCCUGGUGACGUCGUACAAGGCUCCGAUGUGGCACGGGGCGAAGAUGGAGCUGCUGCAGACGGUGGUCUCGGAGGGCGAGGACGGUGGAGCGGCCGAGGUGCGAGGCGGCGUGUGCGUCGACGUCAGCGUGGAGGGAGAAGGUGAGGACGGGCGAUUCUCGUGGCGUCCGAGGGGUUGGGCCGUCCGCGAUGUUCGAGGAAAUUCGGGAGACUCUGUUCAGGUUGAACUUAUCAGCCGCAAUUCAAAGGGGAUGGUGGAUGUACGAUACGUAUUGACCCUUCAAGAACAAGUCUUAAGCACCGAAAUGGAAGUCUCGAAUUCAGGGACAACGCCGGUCCAAUUGAGGGGUUCGAUCUUGAGCCAUCUAAAUGUGAGCACGCCGGACGCGACCUAUGCCGUUGGAUUAGAAGGUUCGGAUUUCUUCAAAAGGCCUCCUUUUUCUUCGAGCUUUAGAAUAGUUCCUCCAGAGGUCGACCAGAAAAGCAAGCUUGGUUUGGGCAAGCUGUGGGAGAAGUUGAAACCUCAAGGAUUUACCUCUGGGAAUGAUGAUGGAAUGGAGGACAAAAUGGAAGGUGAAGAAGACGACAACAAUAAGCGCCUGACAGAUGAAAUGAGCCUCAUAUACACCAGUGCCCCUACAAACUUCACAAUAAUUGACAGGGGAAGGAGGAAUUCAGUGGUAGUAGGAAGGGACGGCUACGAGGAACUAUACCUGCACAGUCCUGGUUCUCGGCACGAACACUAUAGCAAGUAUGCAUACAUCUGUGUGGGGCAGUCAGCUCUCCUUAAACCAGUGGUCAUCGGUCCUGGAGAAAUCUGGAGAGGAGGGCAACAUUUACACAAUCCAAACCUCUGAAGUCCUGGAGCGAGUCUUUUCGUGAAAGGCAUAAUUAGAGCAGCUUUAGGGAACUUGAGAGCAUAAAUUAAUAUGCUUCUGUUGAAGUUAUACUGUAAUUGGUGCAUAUAAAUGCCAAGACAAUCUGGAUAUUUGAGC